CCUAAAUGUGUGAUCAGAAGUCACCAGAAAUCUGAUGUUCUCUUUGUGGAGUUAAGACUUAAAAGCGUGACGACGAAAUGUUACUGUGUUUUCCUAGGACGUUGGAUUUAUGAUAUAGUGUAACUCGUGGACAUGGGCACAAGCUUUGUUUUUCUGGUAUUGAUAUUUGUAUUAGGAAUAUCAGUGGCAGACAAACCAACUCGCCCACCCGAAUUAAAGGACAUCAACAAAAUCAAUGACUUGAAAGUGUACGAAGGCUCUAAAGCAAGGUUACGAUGUACUGUGAAAGGACAUCCACGUCCCUGGGUCAUAUGGACAAAAAACAACCAGAGUGUCUCUCCAAAAGAAGAGCCUAGAUAUAAAAUCAAUAGAAACGCACUCAUAAUAGACAAAGUGCAUCGUAACGACACCGCAGUCUUCUCCUGUUAUGCAUGGAACCAGCAUGGGAACGUUUCCACCAGUUUUACAUUAACGGUUAUUACAGAGGAAGAAGAAGAGCCAGCAGAACAGUCGUAUGCCAUCUCUAAAUGUAACAAGAAGGAAGAAGGAGCACCAUCAUGGAAACCGAGCAAAGAGGAUUCGAGGUGGAUUGCACGUCCGGCCCGUGCCCCAGUGGAACUAAAAUGUCAAGCUUGUGGAAAUCCCAUCCCAAACAUCACCUGGUACAAGAACAAUCUUUAUAUUGACUCGAGUGUCAAGGAAGGAAAGUACCAAGUGGAUGGCUACAAAUUAAAGAUGACCGACUUGACCACAGAUGACAAUGGGAACUACACCUGUGUUAUACAGAACAAGCAUGGGAAACUACUGUGGAUGUACAUGUUGGAAGUCAUAGAUCGCAAGGUACAGAGGCCUGAUGUUGAGGGACCAGUGAACACAACUGCCUAUGUUGGUGAAAAUAUCAAACUGCAAUGUAAAGUUAAAAGUGAUAUACAGGCACAUAUACAAUGGGUGAAACACUACCAGAUCAAUGGCACAUAUCGCAAACCAGAUGGUACACCUUACGUCCAUGUCAUACAGGGUCGUAGGCAAUCAACAUACAACAUGACUAACCCGGAAAUAUUGGAGAUUUUGAAUGUGUCAAAGUCAGAUCGAGGCUGGUACACAUGUCUUGUUUCUAACUUUGCUGGUCGAAGAUUUGGAAGUGCUUGGCUGAAAGUGGAAGAUGAGAGACCCAAUCUCCAUGGCAAUGAAACAAACAUGAGACGUUCACAAGAGGCACCGCGAAAUUCAUCUAAAGAAUACACAAUCAUCGCUGUUGUCUCUGUAUUCUGCUUUGUCUUCAUCAUUGUCAUCAUCCUUCUUAUUGUUGUCUGUCGUCGCAAGUACAGUUCACGCGGCAAAUAUGGCUGUGUUAAACGAGUGAUCGUCCUUAAAGCUAAUGAAAUUUACUAUCCUGAUAAGGCCUCGCUGGAAGGCCAACCCCUGGUUAUACCACAGGUUCGCAUUGAGAACUCGACUCGACGACGGCGCUUGUCAUCCGACCUCACCUGUAUGUUUGAAUAUGACUUGCCACUGGACAGCAAAUGGGAAUUCAGCCGAGACAAAUUGACAUUGGGAAAACCUCUAGGGGAAGGAGCCUUUGGGUUAGUGAUGCGAGCAGAAGCCAUCGGCUUGAAGUCCUCUCCUCUUACCUCCACAGUUGUUGCUGUCAAGAUGUUGAAAGAGGAUGCCACUGAUCGUGAGUUGACCGAUCUGAUGACUGAAAUGGAAAUGAUGAAGUUAAUUGGCAGUCAUAAAAACAUCAUCAACCUCCUCGGAUGUUGUUCACAAAAUGGUCCCCUAUAUGUAGUUGUGGAAUAUGCUCCCCAUGGGAACUUAAGGGAUUUCCUGAGGUCACGUCGACCUCCAAGCUCGGGUUACGAGAAACCAAAUUUAGAUGGAGAUGACCGAGCUCUCACAGAAAAAGACCUCAUAUGUUUUGCCUACCAGAUAGCAAGAGGCAUGGAAUAUCUUGCUUCCCGGCAGUGUAUACACAGAGAUUUAGCUGCCAGAAAUGUGUUAGUGGCAGAAGACUACGUUCUGAAGAUUGCUGACUUUGGUCUUACACGAAACAUUACAAAUGUGGACUACUACAGGAAAACUGGAGAUGGUCGUCUUCCUGUCAAAUGGAUGGCUCCAGAAGCUUUAUUUGACCGUAAAUAUACUUCUAAGAGUGAUGUGUGGUCAUACGGUAUUUUACUAUGGGAGAUAUUCACACUUGGUGGCAACCCCUACCCGUCAGUACCUGUGGAGAGACUGUUUGAGCUACUGAGGGAAGGACAUCGAAUGGAAAAGCCACCAUAUGCUUCCAUAGAAAUGUAUGACAUGAUGAACAAGUGCUGGGGGCAUAAUCCGCUCCGCAGACCAUCGUUUUGUAUGUUGGUCAAGGAUCUGGACAGGAUUCUAACAGUGCGCUCUAGAGAGUUCCAGGAGUACUUAGAUCUGGAGCCAGUGGAAAGUAGUCGCAGUUCUGACUGUCGAACGUCAGACAGUCAAUAUUCUUCCAUGUCACGGAGCUGUAGUAGCGUUGAUGAGAGUGAAAUCACGAGUACAAGUAGUAGUGGCAAUGACUCGGAAACAGACUGUGUGUAGUCAAGGCAUUCUAGGAAAUAUGUGUAACCAUGAAUCUUGUGUUGGAAUAAAAGACACAAAAUGAAGCCUGGCCAACCAAGUGAUUUAAAAACUGACAUUUCUUCUCAUGGAUUACAAAGUUUUAGUUUUUAUUGUUAGUGAAUGAGACAUGUCGCGGCCAAGGCAGCAGGGAAUCCGCUAUAUCGAGGUGAUCAGAUUUACACAAAACAGGACGGAAUAGGGAGCCCGUGUCACUUACAGCAUAUAAAAGUGCGAGAGUGAAAUGAAAAGUGUGACCAUGUGUGUUUAUAUAUCUAUAGGUGUCACAUGGGCAAGACAUUAUACCUAUCUAUGCAAACAUUGUUGUGCCAAGUAUCAGAAGGAUUUCACCACAGACUCAACAUUUAUAAAGAGACAUGUAUAACACAAAACUGUUGGACUACAUUACAGGAGAUCUAAGAUGUGAAUAUUUGUUGACUUGGAAAAGGAGAAUCUGCAAACGUUACACUGAUUUGCAAAGUGAUUACCUUGGAGGAGGAUAAAAGUGGCGGCAUUUACAACGUAUAUCAGUGAAGCAUUUUUCUCUGGUUUCAGCAAUGUGCUACACAAACUAAACUGUAUAAAGACCGCACAAUUUGGUGUAGAAACUUGUCUCAUAAUGUGAUGACAGCAAGGAACCUUGUCUUGAUUAGUAAUGGUAUCUUACAUGCCAAGAACAUUGUAUGAUAAUAUGUCGAGAAAUCCAGCCACUAUGUCCAGAAUUGUUUUUAUUACUUCAAGCUUGAGACACAAUUUGCUACUCUUGUGUUGUUAUCAAAGAUGUGUUUUGUAUGUUGAACUGUUGUUAACACAAUGGAAUAGACGCACAUGUUAAAACAAGCCAGCAUUACUCACAAGCAGUGAAUCUUAAGGGUAGUGAUCUUCUUGUUUACACUGUAUGUUGAUAGGUGUAACUAGUAACAACAGUUAAUUAAUAGCUUCAAUUUAGGAAAUAUUGACAUCACUGUACCACAAUCAAAAUGUUCAGGCAGAAAUUCUUCACAAAUACAUUUACAAAAAUCAGGACAUGUUUUCAAACACUGUUUCACACUCACACAUGUUUAAUCAAAAUUAUUCAGCUAUUUUUUCUUUUUCAUUUUUUUUUUUUCAAUCUGGACCAACUCGCAAUUCUGUUAAAGAAGAUAUAUGCCAUCCAAAAAUAAUAUUUCUAUAUAUUUCAGAUAGGUUUGAUUUUGGUGCCGUGAUGUCCAAUAUUGAUGUCUUUUUACCUGAUCCUUUUACCUGUAUUAAGCUAUUCUCCGGUUCAUUCCUAGGGAAUCUCCUACAAAGGGUCCAUUCUUACAGAAAUGUUGAAUCCCAAGGGAAACUGAUGUAAUCUUCGUCGAGCAGGAUUUGGAAGGGAUGACAAUAUUUAAUUCUGUGUAAAUUUCAGAUCAACAAGUACUCUGUAUUGGAUAUCAGCGCUAUGUAAAUAAUCUAUUUAUGUAUAUUUUGAACUGUCAGAUGAUUACUACUAAGGUUAUUGUCGAGAUAUUCUGAUGAAGUUAUGAUCAAUAAUUAUUUUUUAUCUUGGAAGGAGAUUUUGUUGUAAUACUGAACAUGUUUUAUGUGAAAUUCUCUGAACAAUGACACUGAGGCUACUGGAAACUUGAAACAAACUAAACCAGUAGCAAGUGUAUCCAAGGAGUGUUGAUGUGUAGGAUUCAUCGUUAAUACAGCCGUUUUGUUUGUCAAAUUUUUAUAUGCUUUUAGAAGGUUUAGACAAGCCUUAUAUUUUUUAUUGGUAUUGAUUAGUAUUGAUAGAUAUAAAUCAUGUUUCAUAUUGAACAGUGAUUGUCAGCUUUAAAAUGAAAUAAUUGUUGACCAAUUUUUUUUUAGGACAGAAUGAAAAGAAAUGCAAUGUUUUUUUAAUUAUAUGUGUUUCUUAUGGCCAGAUUUUUCAUUUUAGACACAAAUUAUUUUUAUUACCAGUGGUACUGGUUGAUGUAGAGAUUUUCUCUUGUAAGGGACAUAAAUUUUGUCUUGAUCACUGCCAAUUUUGUUUGAAAGCAGUGUAACAGUUGUAUUUGGUGCCAAGCUGUGUUCAUGUUAUUUUUUAUUUUUUAAAAGAGCAGUUUUAUGUAAACAACUAAAUCUGCCUUUGUUGUAUUAGGAUUAAUUUUAAAUAUUUUUUUAGAAGAAUGCGUUAGAUAGAAAAUGUACACAAUAUUUUUGUAAUGAUUAGGAAAUAA